AUAUCCAAAAAAAAAAUUGGAACCAUUCCGCCAUGAACGCUCUGCCCGUGGUCUCGCUCUCGGCAGCUUCUUCGCUCAAAGUGUUGCCAUUUCCGUCCAUUCUCCACCGCUCUCUCUCUCAUUCGCCAGGAUGUUGCUUUCUGAGAUCUCUCCUCCGCCGGACUUUGCCGCGUAUCUCCUUCCCGCGCUCGAGUUUUCUUUCGCCGGCACAGCCUCAGCUCUCGGGCGAGGAGUACGAAGAGGUGGAGGAGGAGGAGGACGAGGAGGAGGAGGAAGGAGAGGAUGAAGACGGUGAUGAUGAAGCUGCGGAUGAGUACGAUGACAUUUCCGGUGAAUUUUCCGAGGAAGUCCCGCAGAGCGACGAUGAAGCCGAGCUGUCGGCGGAUUUGCCGGCGGAAUCGGCUCGGCUGCGCGUGGAGUUGAAGUGGCAGAGAGUGGAGAAGCUCCGUAGCCUUGUUCGGGAUUUCGGCGUGGAGAUGAUUGAUAUUGAUGAGCUCGCGUCCCUCUAUGAUUUUCGUAUCGAUAAAUUUCAGAGAUUGGCUGUAGAAGCUUUCUUGAGAGGGUCUUCUGUCGUGGUCUCUGCUCCGACAAGCAGUGGAAAGACAUUGAUAGCUGAAGCAGCAGCUGUUGCCACAGUUGCCCGAGGCCGGCGUUUGUUCUACACGACACCGCUAAAAGCACUAUCUAACCAGAAGUUCCGCGAGUUUAGGGAGACAUUUGGCGAUGAUAAUGUUGGUCUGCUCACAGGUGAUACCGCCAUCAACAAGGAAGCUCAGAUUGUUAUCAUGACUACAGAGAUUCUGCGAAACAUGUUAUAUAAUAGUGUUGGAAUGGCUUCUUCUGGGGCUGGUCUUUUCCAUGUUGAUGCAAUUGUUCUGGAUGAAGUUCAUUAUUUAAGUGACAUAUCUAGGGGGACUGUGUGGGAAGAGAUAGUCAUUUAUUCUCCAAAGGAGGUUCAACUUAUAUGCCUAUCAGCCACAGUUGCGAACCCUGACGAGUUAUCUGGUUGGAUUGGUCAGAUACAUGGCAAGACUGAGUUGGUAACAUCGUCAAGACGUCCUGUUCCACUAACUUGGUACUUCUCAACGAAGCAUUCUCUAUUACCAUUACUCGAUGAGAAAGGGACACGCAUGAAUAGGAAGCUGUCUCUCAAUUACUUACAACUUUCUGCUUCAGAAGAUAGAUUGUAUGAUGACGAUUAUGAGGGGCCUAGGAGAAGGAAGUCCAGAAAACGAGGUGGUCAUAUGAGCUACAAUAGUCCCGUGAACGUUUCUGAGCACCCUCUUUCGAAGAAUGAGAUAAACAAGAUUCGCCGUUCUCAGGUUCCUCAAAUCAGUGAUACGUUAUGGCAUCUUGAGGCAAGGGAUAUGCUGCCAGCGAUAUGGUUCAUUUUUAACCGUAGAGGAUGUGAUGCAGCUGUGCAAUAUGUUGAAAACUUUGAUCUUUUAGAUGAAUGCGAGAAAAGUGAGGUGGAACUUGCUUUGAAGAAGUUCCGUGUUCUUUAUCCAGAUGCUGUGAGAGAAAGUGCAGAGAGAGGACUUCUAAGAGGAGUCGCUGCUCAUCAUGCAGGCUGUUUACCUCUAUGGAAAUCAUUCAUCGAAGAACUGUUUCAGCGAGGGCUUGUUAAGGUUGUCUUUGCUACUGAAACUCUUGCUGCUGGAAUAAACAUGCCGGCCAGAACAGCUGUUAUUUCAUCUCUGUCUAAAAAGGCUGGUAAUGAACGGAUCCAGUUAAGCCCUAACGAGUUGUUCCAGAUGGCUGGGCGUGCUGGACGUAGAGGCACUGAUGAAAAGGGCUACGCUGUGCUGGUUCAGUCACCUUUUGAAGGUGCUGAAGAGUGCUCCAAACUUGUCUUUACUGGAGUAAAACCUCUUGUGUCACAGUUUAAAGCUUCAUACGGAAUGGUACUGAAUCUUUUAGCCGGUUCUAAAGUUACUAGUAAAUCAAACGUGUCGGAGGAUGUGAAAGUCCUACAAGCAGGGAGAAGCCUGGAAGAAGCCAAGAAAUUAGUUGAACAAAGUUUCGGAAACUAUGUGAGCAGCAAUGUGAUGGUUGCUGCUAAAGUGGAACUUGCCGAAAUAGACAAGAAGAUUGAGAUUCUGACCGCUGAAAUAAGCGAUGAAGCAAUAGAUAAGAAGAGUAGAAAACUCCUCUCGAGGGAGGAAUACAAGGAGAUCACUGAGCUUCAGGAAGAACUGAGGGAAGAGAAGCGCAAGCGUACUGAACUGCGCAGAAGGAUGGAGUCUGAGAGAUUCUCAGCCCUAAAACCGCUAUUAAAGGGGAUGGCUGAUGGACAUUUACCGUUUAUGUGCUUGCAGUACAAAGACUCGGGAGGGAUCCAACAGUCAGUCCCUGCUAUUUACUUGGGACAUGUCGAUUCUUUCAGCGGUUCAAAUCUUCAAAAGAUGAUUUCCACACAUGAGUCUUUUUCACUGAAGGUAAUCGAGGAAGAGUCAAUGGCGGAAGAUCCUGAAAAACCUGUUUUGGAACCAUCAUAUUACGUGGCCCUUGGCUCUGAUAACUCUUGGUAUCUCUUUACGGAGAAGUGGGUUAGGACUGUAUACAAGACAGGUUUCCCUAACGUUGCUCUAGCGCUGGGAGAUGCUUUGCCUCGGGAAAUCAUGAAGAUGCUUCUUGAUAAAGCGGACAUGCAGUGGGAUAAACUAGCUGAAUCCGAGCUAGGAAGCCUGUGGAGCGCGGAAGGAUCUCUCGAGACAUGGUCCUGGAGUUUAAAUGUGCCUGUCUUAAGCAGCCUUUCUGAAGAAGACGAGGUGUUACAUAUGUCAGAAGAGUACGAUAACGCCGUGGAGAAGUACAAGGAACAGAGGAGCAAAGUAUCGCGUCUGAAGAAGAAGAUAUCUCGUACCGCGGGCUUCAGGGAAUAUAAGAAGAUACUAGACAAUGCAAAGCUGACAGUGGAGAAGAUAAAACGGCUCAAGGCAAGAUCGAGACGUCUCAUCAACCGUUUGGAGCAGAUAGAGCCAUCUGGUUGGAAAGAUUUCUUGCGGAUAAGCAACGUAAUCCAAGAAAGCAGGGCACUGGACAUUAGCACGCACGUAAUCUAUCCUCUUGGAGAAACAGCAGCUGCAAUCCGAGGAGAAAACGAGCUUUGGCUUGCGAUGGUUCUUCGGAACAAGGCUCUGGUAGAUCUAAAACCUCCACAGCUGGCCGCAGUAUGUGCAAGUUUAGUCUCCGAGGGCAUAAAAGUCCGAGCAUGGAGAGACAACAACUAUAUCUACGAGUGCUCCGAUACUGUAAUAAAGACGGUUAACUUCUUGGAGGAACAGAGAAGUGCUCUGCUGCAACUGCAAGAGAAACACGAGGUAGAGAUCUCAUGUUGUCUGGACAGCCAGUUUUCUGGAAUGGUUGAAGCAUGGGCGUCGGGAUUAAGCUGGAAGGAAAUGAUGAUGGAGAUCGCGAUGGAUGAAGGUGAUCUUGCCCGUCUAUUGCGUCGAACCAUCGAUCUCUUAGCUCAGAUUCCUAAGCUGCCCAGUAUAGACCGAGUGCUCCACCGUAAUGCAGCGGCUGCAGCUGACGUCAUGGACCGGCCCCCAAUCAGCGAGCUUGCCGGCUAGAUUGACGACAUUGGGAAUAUGUGAAGAAAUGGGUAUGUAAAGCUGGAAAGAGGAGGUAUAAGACAUAUUUAUUCAUUCAGGUGAAUAAACAUUGAAACAAUGAGAGCAAACAAAGGGGAGAAAGGGGAAGUGUCCCAAAUGUUACAACAUACAGAAGCCCUCCUAUGUACAAUGCUGAUAAAAAGAAAAGGAAAAGAAAAAAAACUACAUUUGGAGCUAAAGGAGAUGCCAAAAGGUCCUUUACUUUUUUUCUCGUUCUCCCUUUCAUUUUUAUUUUGUUUUAAUCAUUCAGACAAACAAACAACAUGGGACCAGAACCAGAUUGAGGAAUCAGCAGUCGUAGAGAAGCAGCCUUCAUCCGGUUCGGUUCCUUCUCUUCGAAAAGGAAGGUAGGCCAGUGAA